AUGGAUGUUCAACUUGUGUUGCUUCCCUUCUGCGACGUGCCUUCACCGCAACUGCUUGACUUGAAGAUCGCCAUACGGAACGGCAAGGUGGUUGAGGUGGAGAAGAUGCUGCAAUACCCCAUAGACCCGAAUGUGGCUAUCCACGAGGCUUGCUGGGUAGGUCAGGCUGCUGUGCUGCGCUUGCUGCUGGAGGCAGGUGCUGAAGUGAAUUUAGCGAACAGUGGCGGGCAAACUCCACUCCACCUGGCAAGCAUGAAGGGCCAUCGGGACCUUGUGCAGUUGCUGUUGGGUAUAGCAGCUGAUGUUAGCUUGGUCGACAUGAAGGGCAAGACUGCAGUGCAGCUGGCGGGCGAUGCAGGCUUCAGCGACAUCGACGCUCGGCAUCAGUUACUUGUAUCUGCGCAUCUGAACUUUUUACUUUAG